AUGGAAGAUUCCGGCAUGAAAUGUGUCUUUGUAACUACUAAUAUGGAUACUCGUCUGGGCCUUCUCAUGGACAAGGAUGAUACUGUAUCUACAUUCAAAGAGAAAAUCUGCAAAGAGCAUGAACAGUGUUUCCCUAGUUUUGGAAACAUCACUAUCUCCGCUUUGAAGGUUAACUGUUGCGGUCAACUUUAUCAUUUAGUUGAUUCUCUGACUUUGAACACGGCUUUCCAAAGCAACGAAUCGUUUCUUUUUGUUGAUGUGCUGAGGGUUGAGGAGAAGGGUAAAAUGCUGACUGGAGAAACUCCUUUGUCAAACCCUAGUUUACUUGAGAGAGAGACCAAUGAUCUGACUAUUAAGGAAGCUCCGGUAACCCAAGCUGGUGAUGAUAAAACUAAAAAGAGGAAACUGAAAAGUUUGGAUAGUACCAAAAGAAGUCAUAAGAAACGAUCUCUUGGGGAUCAGUCAAGUGGAAAAGGAGAGGUUGAGUCUUUGGCAAUGUCACCAACAGGAAAAGAUCUUGAAAAGGGAGAAAAAAGUGCUGCUACGAUUGACCAAGAGAAUGAUCUUGCACUUGUGGAUGAUGAGAACGAGAGUCAUGAAGAAGAUGUUCGUGUAGGAGCAAUAGUAGAAGACAUCAAUCAAUCUGCUGAUGUUGAGAACGAAGGGCUCAACAAAGAUGGUGUUGAUGGAAAAUAUGCUGAUGAGGCUACUACAUCUGUGAAGGCUGCUAAGAAAGGAAGGACAAAGAAAGACAAGGCAGCCCCGACUAAAGAAGAUACUGAAGUUGCUUCUAGCUCAAGGAACGUUGAUCACGAUGUUGUUAUCAGAGAGCCGCAGGAGAAUGUAAGUUAGAAGUCAAAGAAGAAAAAGUCUUCGAGCAUUGUGGUAGAGGAGGCUUAAGUAUUUGUCAUCUGAUGCAUCAUUGUUCUCGUUUCUUCCUUUA